AUGACGAUGGAAGCAAAGCUUUAGAAAAAGUCUUUUCUUUUUAACAAAAUAAGCUCCUGCACACCCACAGCGGCUGCGUACCCAUCUGCCAGUGGAGGAUGUUGCCUCGGAGGCAAAUAUGAUGUCAUGUAAAGCUUCAGCCCCACCAGGAGGGAGAGGGAGGCAGCGCCGGAUGAGGACACCACACGGAUGCAUAUCGGCUGCUUUUGGCCCUUUCUGAAAUACAUCUGAAAGGGAAAGGGAAAGAAAAGAAACCUAUCGGAGCGGUUUUUGGUAAACGUGUUCGUGUCCUGCCGCUUUGAGGCAGGAGGAGCGGCACCGGCCGGUGAUGCUGCGGCCCCACCGGACUCCAUCAGGUGUAUUGAACCGCACACGGCUCCGACGUCCUCCGCUUGAGGCAUGUUUCCGCCCUCCGCCUCCAUCGUCGACAUCGGUCCGCCCUAGCUGUCGCCUCUUCAGACUUCCACACUUUGCCUCCGGGACUACACGCUUCACUUGUCCUGUUUCUCUCGGGACAUUUCUUCGGGUAAUGAGCAUCCUGCCGCCCUCCAGAAGACGCCCGUCCGGUGGUGCUGCUUUUGGCCGCGUGGCCCUGUGACUUCAGAGGCGGCGGGUGGAGGACAGCUCAGGUCUCAGCCAUGGCCAGCGAACCCGUUAUCCUCAACGUGUACGAUAUGCAGUACUGGAUAAAUGAAUACACUUCCAAUCUGGGGAUUGGAGUCUUCCACUCAGGCAUUGAGAUAUAUGGCAGAGAAUUUGCAUAUGGGGGCCACCCGUACCCUUUCAGUGGCAUCUUUGAGAUCACUCCGGGGAACGCCUCUGAGCUGGGAGAGACAUUCAAAUUCAAAGAGGCCAUUAUUUUGGGCACCACUGACUUCACAGAGGAGGACAUUGAUAAGAUCAUGGAGGAGCUGGGUAAAGAGUUCAAAGGCAAUGCCUACCAUCUAAUGCACAAAAACUGCAACCACUUCUCGUCCUCGCUGUCUGAGUUGCUGUGUGGCCGUGAAAUCCCUCGCUGGGUCAACCGACUGGCGUACUUCAGCUCCUGCGUCCCCUUCCUGCAGAGCUGCCUACCCAAGGAGUGGUUAACCCCGGCCGCCCUGCAGAGCCACAUCAGCCUCGGCCUCCACAAAGAGGGGCACAACGAGUCGAGCGACGACGACCGCUCGUCCCCCUCCGAGGCCGCGCCCGCCGGCUCCUCCCACAGCUGUCGCCACACGAGGGUGUGAAUUGCCCAACAUGCACUGACCUCUAAGUACCAAAGCCACCUCUGCUCAAGGGCCGCGGCGCUAGUAGGCUCGAACAACCGGCUCACCUCAUGCUAUUUGUUCUGUUAGUAAAAAGGCAGGAAAUGAAGAUGUGUCCUCGUUCAGACACACCGCCUGGCCUGCUGACAACAGGAUGAAAAUGACUGACUUGAGCCCCGAAGCGUGUGCUCAGACUCCACCACAACCACUUGUAGAUCUGAAGUUUGUAGUACACUAUUAUUGUUUUUUUCCAUGAACUUGUAAACCUUUUUCAGCCUUGUUCCCUGCCCUGCCUUCGGAGCUGCUUUUGCAGAACAACUGUCUAGACAUCUAAGGCUACUUAUAAGUGGCAUUACCAGGAAACUACUUCUCAGCUCAAUUUCAACAAGCUCUCGUUCAAUAACCUCUAUGUGGCCUUUCAUUGUGUGGAACCUAAGUAGUUAACCAUGGCCAUUUUAGAGGGUUUAAAGAAUUUAAAGCUCUGUCAGAACUAAAAAUGUUACAUGUUAAAAGACUGGGACAAAAAGCUACACUUUUGAUCAUAUUAUCAAGAGUUUCCUCUCUUUUCCUUUUCUAAAAUGAAUGAUACCACCUGGAGCUUGUUUAAUCAAUGGACUGGCAGUGUGCUAAGGGUGUAGCCAGUGGAUAGAAAGUUGUAAACAAUUACGGUUAUACUGGCAAAUACUGUUGAGUUUAAAUAGUCUCUGUUAAUACAGCCUCGCUUGGACAACAGUUAACCGUUAUUGAGGAACAUCUCAUAGACAAAAACAAAAAGAAACUCAAGAUGCUCUACUGACAGUUAUUGACUUUGUGAUCUUGUACGAUUUUUGUCUACGCUUUUCUAUUCAAACAGUCUUUAUAAAACAGUGCAAUAGGGAAGGGAAUGUAUAUUUACACCCAGAGAAUGUUCCUCUGUCAUAAUGAUCUAAUCACCCUUUGCACCAUUAAACCAAUGAAGAUUAAGCAGCCAUGGAAAAGACGAAAAGAAAUAUCAAUAUUAUCCUUUGAGUGUUGGAAGUCGUUAGUCGUUUAUAGGGUAUGCAUUUUGGGAAACAUACUUAGUUGCUUUCUUGUAGAGAGUAAGAUGAGAAAAUUAACACCAUCUUCAUGGUGGGAUUGUAUGAAUUUGCAGCAGGAAACUUGGUUAGCAUAGCUCAGCUUCAGCAUAAGGGCUUGAAGCAGUUACAGAUAGCCCGGCCUUUUCUAAAGAUCGCAACCCCCCCACUAGCAGACUGAAUUCUCAAUUAACAAAUUAUCUAAUUUGUUUUGCUGCAAAAGAACAAACAAAGUUUAAAACAGACAAUUUUACAGAUUUGUUUUGUUGCUGGCUAGCGGUUUCCCCAUGUUCUGUCUUUAUGCUAGGCUAAGCUAACUGAAUCAUCAUCUAACACAGCAAUACAGAAGUGAAAAGUGUCUUUUCCAAAAUAUGAAACUGUUACAUGUUUUAUUUAUUUCAGCUGAACCUUUACAUGUUAACAGAUAACAUUUUGAUCAUAGUAAACACACGUUUAAGAGGUUGCUCAUACUCCUGAGGUUUGCUGCAGGGAGAAAAUCAGAUACCCAUGAAGGAAAAAUAGGAUGUCAUGAAGUUAUAUGUAAUUAGCAAACAUGCAAGUACCCCCCACCCUCACUCCCCACGCCUGAUACUGAUGAUGGUGGUGAUUAUAAUGAUUUUAAUGAUAAUGAUAAUAAUGACAAACAUAAUUCAAAUGAAUUUUGCCCCCUUUUUUUAAAUACAAAAGCUCAGUGAACCAGGCCGCAUGUUAUUUUAGUCUUUUCCUUGACCUGCUGUAGUCUCUUCAUGGACAGCUACCCUUUUCUCAGGAAGGAAAUCACUCAACUCCUAACAGUGGCAGUCAUCUCAUUCCUGCUGAACCUGUUAAAUGGGGUUGAAAGGGCACAUCUGACUUAUUCUUCAUGUUAUUGAAUAAGCUAUAUUCCUAUUAAUUUUGGAUGUAGUAUUUUGUAUUUCACCAAAUGCCGUGUGUUUGGACCUUUUUGUUACAUUUUUGGUCAGCAGAAGCUGUGCACAGAUCAGUUAUCCGUGCUCAGGAGUCUUUGGGACUUCCUACAGAGCAGACCAGGAAUGUUUCCCGUAUUUCUCAACCGUAACCCAGUAUUUUGCUUCUCUUAUCCCAGAAAAAUGUCAGAAUGAAGAACGAAGAAUAAA